AUGGCAUCCGAAGAUACGGUCUCAGAUAACCGAGAAGUCGACAAAGCAGCACUUCUUGAUCGAAUGGUUGCUGCUGCACAACAAAGCGCAUCUCAAGAUGAAGAAGAUAAAGAGGAGCAGCCCAACACCGAAGGUCUCAAUGAAGAAGAUGCGCUGCGGAAUCUGACUGGCACCGUAAGAGAUCAGAAUGACCUGGAGCGCGACAUCACACUCCAAGCCAAUGCUGCACUCAACGAAGCUGAGGACAAGAAGGAUCAAAACCGCAUCGAAAAGUUGGAAGCCACCAAGCAUCGGCUUCAGCUUCAACUGGACAAAGAGAAGAAGCGCCUAGAGAAAGUUGCUCACAGCAAUGUCUACCAAACUCGAAACAUCCAGAAGGAAAUCGCAAAACUCGAUGAAGAAAUCAGACAAGUGAGCAAUGACAUAUCUGAUUUCCAGGCACGAAUCAAGAAGCGUCAUGAAGAAAGCUCUGUGGACGAUUCAAUCAAGUCCAAAUCUACUAGGCUUCCUGGUGAAAGCCACCGUGACUUUCUGAUUCGGACCGGAAAGAUUACACCAUUUGCCAAGAUUGGAGGACCACGACCUGCCGGAAUUCAAGGCCAGCUCGCCGAUACGAUUCUGGAUGCAGAAGAAGAGGCAGCAGCUGAACAACUUGGAGGGGAACUUGAAGGACCUGCUUCGCAUCAACGACUUCGUAGACCUGGAUUUGCUGACGAGCUUGAUUCGGAACCCGAACCCCCUCAACAAGCCCCAGUUGUUGAGAGUGAGUUCUCACUAAGGCCAAGGAAAAAACGUCGGGUUCAAAAGGAACGUAGCCCGUCUGCGGACUUUGAACCCGAAGCAUCCGGUUCUGAAUCUCACGACGAUGAUGUCUGGAAGCAAGGGAACGAGGAUGAUCUAAUUAGAGAGCAACGCCGUCAGACCAAAGCCAAGACUAAGGCUGCCGAUCAAGAGCAGAUCGAUCUCAGUAAGAUCGACGAUGGCAAUGAAGCCCAUUUCAAAGCCCGGUUGAGCGACUGGGUGACUCGAAGAAGUCGUGCACGGAGGGCUCGGAAGCAAGCGGUCGACGUGUCUGCUGAUCCAGGAGAGAGUGAUGAAGAAGAGGAAGAAUGGUUCAAACCGGCUCCUGACUUUCCCGACUACAACUUUGGUGACGAUCUGAAGCUGCCUGGAGAUAUUCAUCCUUCGCUUUUCGGAUACCAAAAAACAGGCGUGCAGUGGCUUGCCGAACUUUAUAAGCAAAAUGUCGGAGGCAUCAUUGGUGAUGAAAUGGGCCUGGGAAAGACUGUACAGCUUAUUGCUUUCAUCGCAGCUCUCCACUACAGCAAAAAGCUACGCCGUCCUGUCAUUGUUGUUGCACCUGCUACACUUCUGCGACAAUGGGUGAGUGAAUUUCACCGCUGGUGGCCACCACUUCGCGUGUCCAUCUUGCACGCUUCUGGUAGUGGUAUGAUGAACCCCAAGUUCGAAGACGAGUAUGAUCUGGAUCAUUUCCAGCCCUUGGCCACCAAGUCAGAAAAGGCUGCUCAAAGAAUCGUCAACGGAGUCGUCAAGAGUGGGCAUGUCCUGGUAACGACGUACACUGGCCUUCAGACAUACGCUGAGACUUUGCUGCCAGUUCAAUGGGACUACGCAGUUUUGGAUGAAGGACACAAAAUUCGCAACCCAAACGCCGAAAUUACUGUUACUUGCAAGGAACUCAACACGCCGAACCGUGUCAUUCUCUCGGGAACACCAGUCCAGAAUAACUUGACCGAACUGUGGUCACUCUUCGACUUUAUUUAUCCUAUGCGGUUGGGAACCCUCGUCAAUUUCAGAGCCCAAUUCGAGAUCCCGAUUCGUCAAGGUGGCUAUGCCAACGCAUCUAAUCUGCAGGUCAUGACAGCAGAGAAAUGCGCAGAAGCAUUGAAAGAAACAAUCGGAGAAUAUCUACUUCAGCGUUUGAAGAUCGAUGUCGCAUCCGAUCUCCCGGAAAAAACAGAGCAAGUGUUGUUUUGCAAAUUGACCGAUGGCCAGCAUAAGGCGUAUGAGACUUUCAUCAAAUCGGAUGAAGUCUCGGCCAUCUUGAAUCGAAGACGACAAUCACUUUACGGCAUUGACAUAUUGCGCAAGAUCUGUAACCACCCAGAUCUGCUCGACAAGACUCUUGCAAAGAAAGCUGGCUACGAUUUUGGGAACCCCAAGCUAUCUGCGAAACUGCAGCUCACAAAAGAUCUACUGCAAAAGGUCAUGAUUCCUAACGGACACAAGACGCUCCUCUUCUCGCAAGGUAAACAAAUGUUGAACAUUAUCGAGAAGUGCAUCAGCGAAUGUGGAAUUUCUUACGUGCGAAUGGAUGGAGAAACACCCGUUGAUCAGCGUCAGCCAAUGAUCGACAGAUUUAACGAAAGUCCGGAUAUCCAUGUCUUCCUUAUGACAACUCGUACUGGAGGAUUGGGAACAAAUCUCACUGGCGCUGAUCGCAUCAUCAUCUUUGACCCUGACUGGAACCCUUCAACAGAUCUUCAAGCUCGAGAAAGAGCAUGGAGACUCGGCCAGAAGAAGCCGGUAAAGAUCUACAGACUUAUGACGGAAGGGACCAUCGAAGAGAAGAUAUAUCAUCGCCAGAUUUUCAAGCAGUUCAUGACGAACAAAGUUCUGAAGGAUCCAAAGCAGCGCAGCAGUUAUGACCUGUCAGAUCUCUACGAUCUCUUCAGUUACAACACAGGGGAAGACGCGAGUGCCAACCGAAGCGAGCUCUUCAAGAAAGCAGAAGUUGAACUUCCUUCCGGUGAUGGUGAACAGGGGCAAACGUCAGAACCAGCUCAGAAUGUAGCAGCCGGAGCAGACGUGGAGAGUAAGGAGCUCCGGCAGAUGGGCCUGGUGGCUGCUAUGGAAGACUUCCGAGAAGACAAGUCUGUCCACGAUGAGAAGCGCAUGCUGGACGGUAUCUUCGCUAAGUCAGUCAACAAUGCGUACGACCACGAGGCUAUUGUGAACGGGCCCCAGAAAGCAAAGGCGGACAUAUCUGUUCUGCAACAAGAAGCAAACAUGGUAGCCCGCCAGGCUGCAGCACACCUUCGUCAAGCUGGCGCAGAGGCGCGAAGAGUUCCCAUAGGCACUGUUACAUGGACUGGCGAGGUCGGCCAGGCUGGCCGCCCUGGAGCUAAUCGUCGCCGCGGAGGGCCAAGCUCAGCAGCCAUCAUGAGUAACCUCGCAGAUCGCCAAGGUCUUGAUACAGGGAGUGGGGGAAGUUCUCGUUCCGGAACUCCUGGCGCAGACAAGAGUCUAAAGUCCAAAGACUUUGUGGCCAUGAUCAAAACAUUCAUCAACCGCCACAAUGGUCGAGUCCCCAGCAAGAUGUUGGUAGACCACUUCAACCCCUACUGCCCCGGCAAGAAGCAGAGCGACGAGUUCAAAGCUGCCCUGGAUAAGGUUGCAGUAUUGAACAAAACCGGAGGUGCUGGUAGAGGAAUAUGGACACUCAAGCCAGGUGUAAAAUAA